AUGGACGGCGGCGACGAGGCCGUCGAUGUGAGCUGGCUCCAUCAUUCACAGCGGGCUGAUAAUGCCGGUCGAGGCAAAAAUGCGCCUGCCAGGCCUACUCAAAAGCAAGACGAACAAGCUGCAGGCGACGGUGCCACCCCCCACGAAGAUGGAACCAGCACCGCUACUACUACUACUACAAAUGGACAUGCUCAGACCCAAAACUCCAGAUCAACACCAACAUCGUCGCUAUCGAAACCCUUGCCAAUACCAUCCGAGAGCGAUGAAGACGAACCUGCCAAACAAGCGCUCUCUCCACCAACCCAGAGCCAGAGCCCGGCCCAGGCCCAAGCCCAGGCACAAGUUGCGAGCGCGGCUGCAAGUACAGCCAUACUCUCAGGCGUAAAUCAAACUACAGUGACGAGUACGCCCGCCAAACCGACACCACCGAAGCCUAUACCCCGACGCAAUUCGUGGAUUUCCACUCUAAGCUCCAAAUUCACCUCCGGCUCUACCCCUCCCUCUCAAAGUUAUAUGAGAGAAUCGCCGUCGAAUAGCAAACAACAACCUGACGCAGUGAACCCUUUCGGCGCUGCGUAUUCGCCAAAGGACGCUGACAAGUCAAACGAGGGCUCUGGCUCCUUCACGAGCGGCUCAUUGAAGAGCGGACAUCCGUCAUUCUUCCAUACUGCGUUUCGCAAGCUGUCGUCCUCAGGAGGUUCUGGGUUGGGCAAAUUGGGUUCAGGCCACGCACCGAAUGGUGGCGUAUGGCCGAGACGUGUUAUGAAUAUUGACGCGGAACGGGAUAGGUGUAAGAUCCCGGAGCUGAACCAGGCGAAGCUACGGCGUGUUGCGUUUUGUGUGGAUGUAGAGAUUGCGGGAACUGCGCGACGGUCUGAGGGCGACGACGAUAAGACCGCGAAGAAGAAACCUGACGCCAAAGCAGUGGAAGCGGAAGAAGGGACCGUUUUGAAAACCGCCCUGGGUCACGGACCUUCAUCUGAUGAACCUUCACCAGCCCCUAAUGUGCAAACAGCUAACGGCACAGCACAACCUGCGGAUCGGUUACCGAAUGACGAGGAGAAGUCAAAACCACCACCGACCAAGAAACAAGAGAAGAAGAAACGUUCGGAGGAGGAACGAAAGGAACGUAAAGAGAAACGGAGACGACAGGCUGAGGAAAAUGGCUCCGUUCCGCUACAGGUCAACAUGGACGGUGGGAGUAAUAGUACCUCCAAGUCAAACUCCAUACAUAGGUCGUCCCGCGGCCAGGACCAGCCAACUACGGACCCCCUACGGAUAUAUCGACGGUGCUGCCAGCUUCGGGAAACAGGCGUGUUGAAGAAGCUCGUCGAGCAGAUCUCUUCGCCGUCCUCCAUCUUGGCAGAAUCCCCCGGUACCGUCGCGGUCCUGGACUUGACUGGGUUUUCCAUGACUCUUACCGAUAUCAUUACCUUUAGUGAUUGGCUUUCUAUCGUUCCCGUUCGAAAGCUGAUAUUACAAGAUUGUGGCCUUUCUGACGAAGCUGUCAGAGUUAUCCUAGGCGGGCUACUGGCUACCAAGACGAUAGAAGCCGCGAAACAAGCGAGACAGUUAAAACAGCGACAUACUGGAGAAACAUUGGCGAAGGAAAUGCGGUACGGUGCCAUUGAGAAACUGUCACUAAAAGGGAACUCAAAACUCGGCCACGAGGGAUGGCGACAUAUCUGCCUCUUCAUCCACAUGUCUCGUUCUCUCAAGGGAAUCGAUCUGUCCGGCAUCCCAUUCCCUCGUCCAGCGCUACCUACCAAUGGCCCGGUAUCGCCUGUAAGCCGAACAUCCAAACCUAUAUCUGAUAUAGGUACCAUAUUCGCAAAUGCGCUAUCCCAGCGCUUUGGAGGCGAACGACUAGAAGAGCUUGUUCUCAGCGAGUGUUCGCCGUCUACUGAGGAUGUGCAGAAAAUAUGCGAAGCAACAAGAUCAGUCGGACUGCGACGGCUUGGUCUGGCUAAUAACGGACUUACCAAGGAAGGACUCGAGUAUGUUAUCGGUUACUUCCAGGGCGGAAAAUGCGAAGGCCUUGACUUGGGUGGUAACAAGCUAGAAGCGCACAUUGGUCUCUUCGCUUCAGCCAUUGAGAAAUCAUUCCCUCUUAGUGCACUGAGUUUAGCGGAUUGCUCGUUGACGCCGAAAACACUUUGCUCGUUAAUGCAAGGGUUGACGUUGUUACCCAAUUUCCGAUUCAUCGACCUAUCGCAUAACCGGGACCUAUUCAUCACGCAACCAGAUUCCCUAGGAAUUCUACGAAGGUACCUCCCCCAGAUGCAAGACUUGAGGCGGAUACAUCUUGCAGACGUCUGUUUGGGAUCAGAACAUGCUAUUGCCCUGGCGGAGAUUCUGCCCGAUUGUCCCAAACUGUGCCAUAUAAAUAUUCUGGAAAACCCGGCUAUCGAGGAAUUAGCAUCUGCGAAUACUGCCGAAGCCCAGGAGGAGGCUUGCGCGCUGUACGCGUCGUUCAUGUCAGCGGCCCGUAUAUCACGGAACAUAAUUGCUAUUGAUAUCGACAUACCGACGCCAGAGAAUAACGAGGUCGUGAAAGCCCUCGCUUCACAAAUAGUGGCAUAUUGUCUCCGUAACCUCCAGUAUGGCGAAUUGAAAGAGGAACUAUCAUCGUCCAUCGACUCUCAGUCUGCCGUCAAGGACGUUCCUGUUCCUGACAUUCUAGCACAUCUGGUUGGCCACACCGAUGAUGCAAAUGAGGACAUCGACGAUUCGAAAGUCACUACUGAUGAUGACUACGUCAUCGGUGGUACGGGUGUUGUCAAGGCCCUGGGGAUCUGUCUGGGUAACUCUGAUUAUACCGCCGUGGACGAAGUUUUAGGGGAGCAAUCUCCUACUGCGAGCGGAACAUCCACGCCAUAUUGCCGCCUCAGCCAGGUUCGUGUGACCAAGAAACCACGCGAUAUGUCAAGGGAUCUACUCAACUCUGCGAGGAAGAUCCGGCUACGGUUGCAACCUGCUUUAGUCCGUGAGGAUCGGGCAGGUAACGACCUUAACUACCGCCGACUCUACUUCCUCGACAUGACCCUGCAACGAAUGAUCCAACGUUUUGAAGACGAAUUUCCAGAUACCCGCAUACCUGACGAAACAUCAACAACUCGCUCAAGUGAUGAAUCCCCUAAUCGCUCUAAUAUUAACGACUCUGCUAUCCUCGAACCACAGGAUUCGUCCGCCAACCCCAACACAGGUGACGACGAUGAAGUAGAUCGAUACGCUGUCCGCCUCUCGCGAGCAAGCUCAAACACCUCUCUACAUUCCCGCGCCCUGACAUCUGAAGAAGGCACAGUCCAUCGACUCAGCCAUCAUCUCAACCAUACACUACUCCAUCGUCACGAUAAAGACAAGGAUAAGGACAAGAACCAGGAUCAGGACCAGCAGUCUCCUGAGAAACCAAUCUCCCAAUCUCCGCCAGACGCAGUCCAGGUUCAAGCUCUACGUGAAAAACUUGAGCGACUGCGUGGCCUCGAGGGACAAGAAACACAUGCACAUACCGAUACUGAAGGGCGGCCUUCUUCGUCCCAUUCUAUACUGCAAGAAGGUACAUCCAACCUUGAAGAGCUGUUGGCACUGCAGAAGCAGGAUCCCGAGGCCUUUGCGGAGCUGAAGGAGAGCCAUAUUGUGGCUCUUAUUAAUGCAGGCCUGAGGAGCUCGGAUGAUGCGUGA